CAGAGCUGCGCAGAAGGGUUCCGAGCGUGAAGGCUCUCCGAACCACGCGGGGCGCAUCGCGUUUCCGGUGCCUGUGGCUGCAGCCGGAGUUUAAAGCCCAGGCAGCUGGAGAGGUGGCAGGGAUGGGAAGAGCGGGGGACGUCUGCGGACCGAGCUGUCGCGCGCGCCGCGUGCUCGCCUUUGUCCUGCCGUCGUUCGCGUCCGCGGGAGGCUGCGCCCGAUCCUUCUUCCCCGGCGUCCCGGGGCCGAGCACCGACGCCCCUGGGGUGCCUGGCGAGUGGAUACUGGGACCAUGGCCAGCAGUGAGCGGACCUUCAUUGCCAUCAAGCCGGAUGGUGUCCAGCGGGGACUUGUGGGAGACAUCAUCAAACGCUUUGAGCAGAAGGGAUUCCGCCUUGUGGCCCUGAAACUUAUACAGGCCUCGGAGGACCUGCUCAAGGAGCACUACGUCGACCUGAAGGACCGCCCGUUCUUCCCUGGCCUGGUGCAGUACAUGCACUCGGGACCUGUGGUUGCCAUGGUCUGGGAGGGGCUGAACGUGGUGAAGACGGGCCGUGUGAUGCUGGGAGAGACCAACCCUGCAGACUCCAAGCCGGGCACCAUCCGAGGGGACUUCUGCAUCCAAGUCGGCAGGAACAUCAUCCACGGCAGCGACUCGGUGGAGAGCGCCGAGAAGGAGAUCGCGCUGUGGUUCCAGCCGGAGGAGCUGGUGGACUACAGGAGCUGUGCCCAGGACUGGAUCUAUGAGUGACCUUAGGCCAGGCAGUGGUGGCGCUUGCCUGCCCAUGGGCAGGGACCAGACUGUAGCAGAGCUGGCCCACACAGAGCGAGCGGCCCUGUCACCCUCACCCAGAGGGUGCACACUCAGCUGUGUGCACGCCAAUCCCUGCAGUGUUCUGUCCUCCGGUGGAUUAAAUUGGGAGCUGUUGCCCCAGCACGGAAGCAGCCGAGUUCGUCAUGUUGCCCUGUCUCUCCCCCCCCAUCCCUGCGGCUUUACCUCCUGGCACUGAGCCCGUAACAGACAUUUGCGGUGGACUCUGUCCAGUGUAGAGGACUCAUCAGAAAUGAAACACCUCCAUCCUUU